ACUCCAUCCCCUCAUCCAGAUCACCAAUAAAGAUAUUGAACAGGAUGUGUCCUCGUACCAACCCCUGGGGAAUGCUACUCAUGACCAGCUGCCAGCUGGAUCUCAGUCCAUCCACCACCACUCUCUGGGCCCAGCUUUCCAGUUCUUUACCCUGCAACACAUGUACUGUCCCAGCCACUGCUGCUGCUUCUCCAGGAGAAUGCUGUGGGAGAGAGCCAAAGACUUUGCUGAAGUCUACGUAGAUUACAUCCACAGCCUUUCCCUCAUCCACCAGCUGGGUCAGCCGGUCAUAGGAGAUCAGGUUGGUUAGACAGGACCUGCUUGUCAUGAAGCCAUGCUGGCUGGGCCUGAUCCCCUGGUUGUCCUGCACAUGCCGUCUGAUCUCACUGGAUGAUCUGCUCCAUAACCUUCCCUAGCACUGAGGUCAGGCAGACACAUCUGUAGUUCCCCAGAUCCUCCUAAUGACCCUUCCUGUAGGUGCAUGUCACAUUAACCACCUGCAGUCAUCUGACACCUCCCCAGCUGACCGGGACCACUGAUAAGAUGAUGGAAAGCAGUUUGGCAAUCGCCUCACCAGCUCCCUCAGCAACCCCAGGUGGGUCCCAACAGCCCCACAAACUUGGUACAGCCCAGGUAAGGCAGCGGAUUGCUGUUUCCUUCUGAAUGUGGGGUUUUGUUCUGCUCCCCACUCCUGCCUUCCAACCCAGGGGGCUGAAUACCUUGAGUUUUACUGGCUUGACUAUUAAAGGCAGACGUAAAGAAGGCAUUGAGAAUCUCAGCCUUAUCCUCAGUGACAGCAUUCCUCGCCACAGCCCCGACACGGCUGACGGAGCCCUGUGUGAGGCACUGCAUCCCAUGGCCACCCCACGAGGACAUUGCUGAGCACACUGUGCUGCUGGUGGCACAUUAACUGGAUGGGAGGCGGUGGGGUCAGAGUCCGGCGGUCAGUGUCCGUGGGGCCGUGGGCAGGGGAUGCACCGCGCCGCAGCGCUGCCGAAAUCCAUAGCAGCUCUCCUGCGGGCUCGCAGCACAGCUGGCUGUGCCAUGGCUGCUUCCACACCUCGUGUCCCCCUACCCCGUGAGCUGCUGCGGCCGCUGGCCGUGCCCCACCGGCUGCUGCUGGGGCCGGGGCCCAGCAACGUGUCCCCCCGAGUGCGGGCAGCUGGUGGCCAGCAGAUCCUGGGCCACAUGCACCCCGAGGUGCUGCAGGUGAUGGAUGACAUCAAGGCGGGCAUCCAGUAUGCCUUCCAGACACAGAACCGGCUCACAUUGGCCAUCAGCGGUACCGGGCACUGCGCCAUGGAGGCUGCCCUCAUCAACCUGCUGGAGGGCAAUGACACCAUGCUGGUGGGCACCAACGGCAUCUGGGGACAGCGCGCUGCUGACAUCGCCAGGAGGCUCGGAGCCAAGGUCCAUGAGCUGCUGAAGCCUCCGGGCGAGUACUUCACCCUGCAGGACAUUCAGGAGGGCCUGGCACAGCACAAACCCUCGAUGCUCUUCAUCACCCAUGGCGAGUCCUCCACGGGGGUCCUGCAGCCGCUGGAGGGGCUGGGCGAGCUGUGCCACCGGCACGGCUGCCUGCUGCUUGUGGAUGCGGUGGCAUCGCUCGGGGGAGCGCCCAUCCUCAUGGACCAGCAGGGGAUUGAUGUACUGUACACGGGGUCCCAGAAAGCCCUCAGUGCCCCCCCUGGCAGCUCUCCCAUCUCAUUCAGUGAGCGAGCAAGGGAGAAGAUGCUGAGGAGGAAGACGAGGCCCCCAUCCUUCUACCUGGACAUGGACUGUCUGGCAAGCUACUGGGGCUGCAGUGGCGAGCCGCGCAUGUACCACCACACGGUGCCCAUCAGCGGCAUCUUCUGCCUGCGGGAGGCCUUGGCCAUUCUGGCAGAACAGGGCCUGGAGAACUCGUGGGAGCAGCACCAGGCUGUCUGCACUCGCCUGUGCCAGGGGCUGCAGGAUCUGGGGCUGGAGCUCUUCGUGAAGGAGGAAGCAGUGCGGCUGCCCACUGUCACCACCGUCAGGGUGCCUGAAGGCUACAACUGGAAGGAGAUCACAGCCUUCCUGAUGGAUAAGCACAGUAUUGAGAUCUCUGGGGGCCUAGGCCCCACUGCAGGCAAGGUGCUGCGGAUCGGCCUCAUGGGCUACAACGCGACCCAGGACAACGUGGACCGCCUGCUGCGGGCCCUGCGAGACGCCCUGCAGCACUGCCAGCACAGCAGGCUGUGAGCAAAUGCCCACAGGGAGCAGAAC